AGCACCAUAAAAGCCCUGUUACGACCCACUCUCGACACUGCUUCUGCCGACUCUCAUCCUCGGAGUGGCGCGCAGGACAGCAGAGUAUUCGACGCCCAGCCACGCCCGCAGGCCAGCCCGCCACCAUGCUGGGGAGCAAGCGACUGGGGCUCUCUGGACUGACCCUUGCUUUGUCCCUGCUCCUGUGCCUGGGCGCGCUGUCCGAGGCGUGGUACCCCUCCAAGCCGGACAAGCCCGGAGAGGACGCCUCUGCAGAGGACCUGGCCAGAUACUACUCGGCGCUGCGACACUACAUCAACCUUAUCACCCGGCAGAGAUAUGGAAAACGAUCUAGCCCUGAGACGAUGAUUUCAGACCUCUUGAUGAGAGAAAGCACAGAAAAUGUUCCCAGAACUAGGCUGGAAGACCCUUCUAUGUGGUGAUGAAAAAUGAAACUUGCUGUCCGGUCUUUGCCUAUUUUUCAGCCCAUAUUUCCUUCCGUAAAACUAGAGUCUACCUGUCCUUCCAAUGCAUGCAGCCACCGGGCUCAACUCUGCAGUUUCCCUUUGUCAUCAUUGUAAAUACGGGCGUUUAAAUAAAGUAUCAUGCAU